AUGCCGCGUCCCAGGAAGGCCAAAGUCGCGUCUACGACCGCGCGCGUCGCGAAACCGUCCCAACCCGCAGAUCCAACCCCGCCCAAGAAGCAACUUUCCAAAUCAUCCCAAAAAGCCAGCGCAGUGGGCGCUCAGCCUUUGGACGAAUUCAGCGACGACAGUGAUGGUCUUGUUGUGAGAGCGACCAGGUCGCGAUCGAGAAUGCCAUGGCAGUUUGAGCCGCAAAAAGAUGUCGACUUCACCAUGACCGGCGCGCUCCUUGCGGAAGAUGUGCAGACCGAUGCUCUUGGUGGAAGCAAUCAUACACCUCAGUCCAAAACUCCGAAGCGAACGCGUCGCUCAUUGAAUAGUGCGCAGGUUUCUUCCGUAACGAAGACACCUGCCUCGGAAACCAGACAGGGGCGUUCGACGCGAGCAAGCGCGCGCGGUACACCAACAGAAGACGUGGACAGCAGUGGUUUUGGGGACCAAUUACUAUCAUUCACUUCGUUAGGAUCGGACUCUCCUGCCCAUGGAACGCGCCCACCAUCCGCUAUCAAAGUUGGUGCAACUCCGGCCCACGAACAGUCCGUUCUCGCUUUGGCGAAUUUCAAGCGACGCCCGAGACAGCACAGCCUACUAAGGUCGGUUCAGCCGACGACGGACGUUGAGGACAACGAUCUGGACGACUUCGACUUUGAUUCCUUCUUACCUGAAGCCGAAUCCACCCCAUUGCACGUGCACAAGGCCGCCCCUGGUGAAAUCACUGGAAAUGAUAGUGGGGUGAAUCUGUCCAGCUCAGGCUCUCGCGGAAAGAAGAGGAAGUUAUCGCCAGUAGUCCAAGUCCCCAGAUCUUCUCCACCGUACGAUGCAGGCGCAGCAGACGUAGAAAGUCCCCCAUUAUCUUCGCCAGGACUGCCCGAAGUGAUUCAUAGCGCAGAAGAGAUGCAAAGGGCCCAGGGCGGGGAGGAGCCUGACCCUUAUAGUGAGACCAUGGCUCCGCCUAUGUCUAGCAGCGACUAUGAGCAUGAUGUGAUUGACGUUCCACGACCCACGCGGCGAGCUGCACGGACAACGAGGGCGACUUCCACAAGAGUAACCGGGGACAUUGAUUCAGAAGAAGAAGCAGAAGAAGAAGCAACACGCAGCCUCAAACAGACCAGAGGGAAGCAAAAAACCAAGAACGGUUCUGGUAUCUCUACAGCCAAGCUACAGUCCCUUUUGCCACGUCGACGAACACAAAUACGAAAGGAAGUGGAUGAGUACGAUAUUCCCGAGGACAGCGAUUCUGAUCUGGAUGAGCUAGCAUUACCGGAACGUCGCUCUACGGCAGCUAGCAAGCCAGUGGGACAGAGGACCAAGAAGAAAACGCGUGCCGCAAAGAAACCCACAGCGAAGGCGCAGAAAAACCCUAGGACAUAUGGUCGACGCCAAUCGUCCGACAAAGAAAAUCAGGAGGAACGAGAGGAGGAAGUUGAUGAUGGUAGCGAUGCUGAAGAUACGAUUGAAGUGGCGACAACGACAAAACCUUCGAAUCACCUAGAACUCAUGGCAAAGAAGUUUGAAGAGGUGGAUGAAUUUGAGCUCGAUUUCGAGAGUGUCAGCUACGUUCAAACAAGUUCACCCUCCCGGUGA